AUGUCUCAGGGUCAAGAAAGUCCACAGGACAUAUAUGAUGAAAGCUUUCAAGCCUGCAAGGCGCUGGAGGAAGCACAGUUUUCUGAGGCUUCAGAAGAGGCCUCCCUCUCCUCUUCCUCAUUCAUCUGUGGUACACUGGAAGAGGCUUCUGCUGCUGAGGCACCCAGUACUCCCCAGGGUCUUCAGAGUGCUUACUUCUCUUCCACUGCCAUCACAGCGAGCAAAUCAGAUGAAGUCUUCAGCAGCCAAGAAGAGCAAGAAAGUUCAAGCACCUUAGAGUUCGUGCCAGGCACUGACAACUUGCCCACAGAUAUUCUAGGCGAGAAGGUGGCUUUGUUGGUGCAAUUCCUGCUGCUCAAGUAUAAAAUGAAAGAGAUGAUCACAAAGGAAGAUAUGCUGAAGAUGGUCAUUAAAGAGCACAAAGACCACUUUCCUGAGAUCCUCAGUAUGGCUUCUGAGCGCAUGGAGCUGGUCUUUGGCAUUGAUGUGAUGGAAGUGGAUCAUAACAGCCACUGCUAUGCCCUCCUCAAUAAGCUGGGCCUCACCUAUGAUGGGAUGGUGAGUGGCGAUGGGGGUAUACCCAAGACCGGCCUCAUGAUUUUUGUCUUGGGUGUGAUCUUCAUGAAGGGCAGCCGUGCCACUGAGGAAGAGAUCUGGGAAGUGCUGAAUAGGCUGGAUAUACAUUCUGGGCAGAAUCACUUUCUCUAUGGGGAGCCCAGGAAGUUCAUCACCGAAGAUUUAGUGCGGGAAAAGUAUCUGGAGUACCGAAAAGUUUUCAACAGUGAUCCUGCACGUUAUGAAUUCCGUUGGGGUCCAAGAGCCCAUGCUGAAAUCAGCAAAGUAACGCUCCUGGAGUUUUUGGCCAAGAUCAACGAUUCCGACUCUCCUAUUUUCUCAUCUCGCUAUGAGGAGGCUUUGAGAGAUGAGGAAAAGAGAGCCAGAAAUCCAUCCAGGGCUGGCACUACUUUUAGGGGUGGCACUACUUUUAGGGCUGGCACUACUGUUCGGGCUGGCACUACUGUUCGGGCUAGCACUACUGUUAGGGCUAGCACUACUGUUAAGGCUGACACUACUGUUAGGGCCAGAGUACGUUCCAAGGCCACAAGAUCCAAAAGAUCCUCCCACCAUUAG